UUUCAGGCUGGACAUCUGUCGCUUUUUUUUCUCCCUUUUUUUGUCAGGGCCGGGUUCUCGCGGUCACUGAAUGGAACCAGUGACCUGUCAGUCUUGACUGAUGGGACCCCAUGUGUGGGAAAAUCCUGCAGGCAAAGAGUUGAAGUAUUCACAUGCUAAUUUCGCCCUAUAAAUAAGAGGGUCGCGCCGCGCCGUGGACCCUAGAGACGGGUCGAGAUUUUAGGGGAGAAGGGACGGAAAGAGGAAAAACCAUGACUGCCUCUUCUACGCGCAACUUCGAUAAGCAUCCCAAUGCAAAGGAGGAGAGAAAGCUCAGAAAGCCGCUCAUCGAAAGGAAGAGACGGGAGAGGAUAAACAAUUGUUUGGAUCAGCUCAAAGAAACAGUGAUUGGAGCGUUUAGGCUCGAUCAAUCCAAACUAGAGAAAGCGGACAUCCUUGAGAUGACAGUAAAGCAUCUGCAGAACAUCCAGAAUAAUACACUAAACGAUCCAACAGUAGACCUGGAGGCCCAGCAGAGAUACAGCACAGGUUACAUCCAGUGCAUGCACGAGGUCCACAACAUGCUCCUCAACUGUGACUGGAUGGACAAAACUCUGGGCUCACGCCUGCUAAACCACCUGCUCAAGUCCCUGCCCAGGACCAUCGAUGAAGGCAUCCCAAGCCAACACACAUCCAGACAUGACAUUCCUCUUCCUACCAACCAAGUGAUCCCAGGCACACCCCUCAGGGGGGACCCCCUGCCCGGGAGACAGCCCAAGAUAGAGGCUCUCAACUGUCAUGUGCCUGGGCCACAGGAGAGGUUGGCCCUCCACAGCCCCCAUUUGGGGAUGCUGGAGAUCUGCCGCCUGCGGACUUACACUAGAGACGAAAGCAGCACGGGGAGAAGCCACAGACGCUGCGAUCCAACCAACAUGGCCCCUUCGGUUCGGCCCAACAACAGUGGAGUUUUCGUGGAGGAUGAAGAACAUUACGGGAUUCAGAAAGCGGACAGAAAGAUUAGGAAGCCUCUCGUGGAGAAGCAGAGGCGAGCCCGCAUGAAUGACAGCCUGCUGGAGCUGCGGACAUUGCUGACAGACGCAGACCUUCAUUCCAAGAUGGAGAACGCAGAGGUACUGGAGAUGACGGUGAAAAAGGUCGAGGACAUUCUGAAAAGCCGAAAUCAAGAGACCGAGACCCUCAACCGAGAAGCGAGUGAGCGGUUUGCAGCUGGCUACAUUCAGUGCAUGCAUGAGGUCCACAUCUUUGUGUCCAGCUGUCCGGGGAUAGAUGCAAAAUUGGCAGCCGAGCUCCUCAACCACCUGCUCGAGUGUAUGCCCCUGAAUGAGGACCACCUCCAGGACAUGCUCAUGGACCUAAUCACAGACACUUCUGGCAACAGCAGCAGCACUUGGCUAAGUGGCAGCGAGACACUCUGCACAGCUCUGACUUCUCCUGGAGGAAGGAGCCAAUCCGGCGGCGAGGCUUCAGCUCUUUCCCCGGUUCCCUCCACCACAUCCUCUGAGGACUUGUGCUCCGACCUGGAUGAGACCGACAGUGAACACAACCAGAGCACGACAGAGGGUGUGGAGAACAAGGAAGUUUUGAACGCACCGGCCUUUACCUACCCUCGGUCCAUGUGGCGACCUUGGUAGAACUUUGGUUGGGUAGGUGAGAAAUGCUGAAAACAGGAAGAGGGGAUUUUUUCUUUCAUCUGAUCCUGAUGCUACUUCUGCAAGAAAAAAAAUGCCCCCUUGCAUUUUUUCUGUGGUAGUUCUGAAAAACAACCUAUGCACUGAUUUUCUUGAGGAUCGCAGGACUCACCACACUUAAUUCCCGUUUUUAAUUGAGUUCUAACGCGAGGGAGCAAGUUAGCAUCUGACAGAAACUCUAGUGGCCGAAACAACCGUGCAUUCUCUUUGAGUAGACCAAUAUUUUUCAGUAAACCCAUAUCCAGAUGCCUCAAUCUUUCAUAUUUAUGUUUGCGUUCUAGGAAGAGUGUGAGUUAUAAGUAUAGAAUGUUGAAGCCGCUGGAACAAGAUUUGAAAUAAAAACAUCCCAGGAGUGUUUUGGAUAUCACCCAAAAAGGUGAUUAUUGCCGUUAAAAGCUGGGUUUUUCUUUUAUAUCCUCAGAGGGGCCCUGCCUCUCAUGGCCCCCUCCAGCCUCGGGCCAUCUGAAAGGACUCCCCUUUUCUUUCUCUGUUGUAACACCCUGGCUGUCAGUCCUCUGAUUAGACUUGUCCUCACACCUGGAAGAAGAAGAAGAAAAAUGAAUGUUUUGUUUCAACGCUUGUCCCAAAGGACAGAAAAGGACUAGUACCUGCUAUUCACUAUUAUUUUGUGUUAUUGUGUAUGUGUUUUAUAUUUGGAGAAAAGCUCUUUUUAGAAUCCACCAAGUUUGACUAUGCCUCUGAUUAAUAUAAAUAUUUUAAUAAUAUUUCAUAAACUUCUGUAGUUUGAAUAAUGGAUAGCCUUCUUAAGACCACUUAAUGUUGUAAUUAUUUUUAGAAUUGCAUGAUAAAGUCU